UGAACUUUUGCUCUGUCCUUCCCGUCGAAGCGUGGCAGGACGACGACUCCGCGCCCACCGUCAAACAUGAAGCUCGCCGCCCUUCUGGCGUCCUCGCUCCUCUGCGCGGGUGUUUGGGCCGCCCCGGCCACCAAGAGCGAUGACAAGAGCAGCACCAGCGAGAUCGAUCCCCACCACGGUUACGUGAACCAUGAGGGUCACACGUGUGAGAUUAUAGACGAGGACGACGUCAAAUGCCGGGCGGGCCCAAGCACCGAAUUCGACAUCGUCACGACGUUCAAUAAGGGUUUCAAGGGCACCUUCAUCUGCGCCGAGAAGGGGAAGUGCGUGCUAAUAGACGGGUUGGAGAACUGCACAUGGGACCUCAUCUAUAUCUUGGGCGUUCCUUGCUAUGUUAGCGGACAUUACACCGACUCUGAAUGCGGGGUGGCCAAGUUGGGCCUCUGCUCGGGUGGCUGAGUGAUCUGGUCGCAUGCAGGGUACAUGGGGACAUGGGUUUUGGGUGUUGGUUAGAGGUUAAAAGGGAGAAGGAAGAAGGAGAGGACGGGAAGCGAAGGGGGGGGGAGGAAAGGGGGACCGCGCAGUCACGACACGAAGAUUGGGACGUCUCUGCAGCACGACUCACCCACUUGCCGAGGACGUCAUUUUGAACUUCGGAUAAGGAACGGACUGUAUUAACUCGAUGAUACCUGUAUGAACCGAUAGCGCGUGCUUGGGGCUCUCGGAAUUGAAGAUGUGCGACCUUCUGUGCACAUUGUGCUUGACUCCACCCCUUAUGGCUGCACCCAAGUUGUUCGUCCGGAUCUCAAAUGGGGUUUUUUACAGGAUGCUUUAACCCUGCUCUACAAAAGUAAACAUCACCGUCUC